CGGGGACCCCUGUCUCUGUCCCUGUGAUCGUCCCUGUGACUUGGGAACAAAUCAUUUUUAAAAGCUCCGAUCUCGCCCAGAGGUCCGACUCAUCGGCCUUGAACUACAAUACAACUUUUUGUCCCUGGGCAUCAGUGGAUGACCAAUUGACUGGCCUUGUGGUUCCGGACCACAUCAGAAACCCUUCAGUCCUCGUUGCCAACCAAGGGACCUUCCUGUCCUGUUGCUUCGUUGCUCUCCCCGAUCUCUUGCCGGGCGAGUGAUCAUGCUGUCGCCCUGCCUCCUGCGCGCCGGCCCCCCCAGGGCGUUGGCGACCAGCCGGGCACUGCCACUGAGGAACCAACUCCGCCUCCUCUCCACCAGCCACCGCCGAUAUGCCGACGAGAAGCUCAACCGCGUGUCGUCCGCCAUCACACAACCCAAGUCGCAAGGCGCUUCGCAGGCUAUGCUCUACGCGACUGGCAUGACUGAAGAGGACAUGAACAAGGCCCAGGUUGGCAUCUCGUCCGUCUGGUACGAGGGUAACCCCUGCAACAUGCACCUCAUGGACCUCUCGGGCCUUGUCCGCGAAAGUGUCGCGAAGGCCGGCCUCAUUCCCAUGCGCUUCAACACCAUCGGCGUCUCGGACGGCAUCAGUAUGGGCACCACGGGCAUGCGCUACAGUUUGCAGAGCAGGGAGAUCAUCGCCGACAGCAUCGAAACGGUCAUGCAGGGUCAGUGGUACGACGCCAACAUUUCCCUGCCCGGGUGCGACAAGAACAUGCCGGGAGUCAUGAUCGCGAUGGGCCGCGUCAACAGGCCCAGCAUUAUGGUGUAUGGCGGCACCAUCAAGCCCGGAUGCAGCAUGAAGGGCGAGCCGCUCGAUAUUGUCAGCGCGUUCCAGGCCUACGGGCAGUACAUUUCCGGCCAGAUCACCGAGGAGCAGCGCUUCGACAUCAUCCGGCACGCCUGCCCCGGCGGCGGCGCUUGCGGCGGCAUGUACACUGCCAACACCAUGGCGUCUGCGAUCGAGACGCUCGGCAUGACGCUGACCGGCAGCAGCAGCUUCCCUGCCGAGGACCCGAAGAAGAAGGCCGAGUGUGAGAGCGUCGGUGAGGCCAUCAAGAACCUUCUGCGGGAGGACAUCCGGCCCAAGGAUAUCAUGACGCGGCAGGCGUUCGAGAACGCCAUGGUCGUCGUCAACAUCCUCGGCGGCAGCACCAACGCUGUGCUACACCUUAUCGCCAUCGCCGACUCUGUCGGUAUCAAGCUCACCAUCGACGAUUUCCAGGCCGUCUCCGACCGGACUCCGCUGCUGGCCGACCUGAAGCCCUCCGGCAAGUACGUCAUGGAGGACAUCUUCAAGAUCGGCGGCACCCCGGCCCUGCUCAAGUUCCUGCUCAAGGAGGGCCUCAUCGACGGGUCGGGCAUCACCGUCACCGGCAAGACCAUGAAGGAGAACGUGGCCGAUCUGCCCGGCUUCCCCGACGACCAGCCCAUCGUCCGCCCCGUCAGCAACCCGCUCAAGCCCACGGGCCACAUCCAGAUCCUGCGCGGCUCCCUCGCGCCCGGCGGCUCGGUCGGCAAGAUCACCGGCAAGGAGGGCCUGCGCUUUGAGGGCAAGGCCAAGGUGUACGACUACGAGGACGCAUUCAUCGAGGCGCUCGAGCGCGGCGAGAUCAAGAAGGGCGAGAAGACGGUCGUCGUGAUCCGGUACGAGGGUCCCAAGGGCGGCCCCGGCAUGCCCGAGAUGCUCAAGCCCAGCUCGGCCAUCAUGGGCGCCGGGCUCGGCCAGGACGUCGCCCUCAUCACCGACGGCCGCUUCUCGGGCGGCAGCCACGGCUUCCUGAUCGGCCACAUUGUGCCCGAGGCCAUGGAGGGCGGGCCGAUCGGUCUGGUCCGGGGCGGCGACACGAUUGUCAUUGACGCCGAGAAGCGCGUGCUCGACCUAGGGGUUUCGUCUGAGGAACUGGAGAAGAGGCGAAAAGAGUGGAAGGCGCCUGAGCCGAGGGCGAAGCGUGGUACGCUGAGGAAAUAUGCCGCGCUGGUUAGGGAUGCUAGCCAAGGGUGUGUGACGGAUAAGUUCUAAAAGCAGUUCAAUGUUGCUGUGGCCGACUUGAAGAAAAAAGGUCAUUUCAGGGAUUUUGAUGUACAUAUACACUUUUGCAUGUUUGGGCUCGGAAAAAGGGACUCGCAAUGCGAUCGCUUACUUGAGGGUCAAGGAAGUA